AUGGAAGGGGGACAGCCACAUCCCGACACUCUGGUUGGACAUGACACGGCCGCAUCCAAACGCUCGCGAGCUGAUUCAGGGAGCUCCACCUCUGUCGAAUCCGUUUGUUCGGUUCGCACUGUAACAUUGGAAGAUCUCGAAUAUGUACACGAGAAUGGCCGCACUUAUGGCAAUGAAACCUACUUCAACCCAUGUGUUUUUGGUAGCGACUUGAAAGAGCAAGACCGAUUGUUCUUUCAACACCAGAUAUUCGUACAUGCCUUGCAAGGGCGAUUGACGACCACGAGGCUGUUGCCUUCGGCCCGGAGGAUACUGGAUCUUGGUACGGGACCGGGGCAUUGGGCUGUGGCAAUGGCGCAGACACAUCCACAGGCGGCAGUCGUUGGCAUCGACCUGACGCAGUGGGACCUCGACACGACAGAAGCCACUAUGGGUAGCGCCGAUGUGACUUGGGAACUGGACGAUCUCGACAUCUGGGGCACCGAUGCACAUGCAGAGGAUCUGGCGAUGACGCUCUCCCACUUCGACUUUUUCCGCGACAUGACGAACCGGAUACCCUUGCCUUCUCCACCAAAAUCACCAGAAAGGAUUGAGUUCAACGAAUCCAUGACACACCCCUCGACUUCGAUCGAGUCGCUUGCCAUGGACCCCUACCAUGUGCACUCGCGACGAGAACCUGGGUGGCACUUCAGCGAGCCGUACGAGAUGAUACAUCUCCGGAACAUGAAGGGCGCGUUUUCACACUGGGAGGAAGUGUACGCGGAAAUCCACAAGAGCCUAUCGCCAGGCGGGUGGAUUGAAGUCGCCGACUGGGACAUGGGAGCCGUGCCUAUGGAGCACGCAACAUCCGACUCAUCCCUCUUUCCCGUACCCACGUUGCGCAAGCUCUACGCAUCCAUGAUGGAAGCGUCGUUCAAAUCCGGACGUCCGCUCGGCCUGUUCUACAUGCACCCCUCCUACCUCGAGGAAGCAGGCUUCACGGACAUCAAGACGACCCACGUCAACGUUCCCCUGGGGCAGUGGGCGGCAGACGAAGAGCAGAAGAGGGUGGGCAAGCUGAUGCUGGUUGUCGUCAUGGAAGGGUUUGAGGCCAGUCUGCUACGACUGCUGACCAAAUACGGGGACAAAGAACGGGUUUGGAGCGCUGAGGAGGUCAGGGCGGAUAUAGCGCGUGCGCAGCAAGAGAUUGUAGAGUGGGUGGAGAGGUCGGAGCGAGGCGAGGCGGAAGGGUGGUGUGCCAGUUUCAAGUGGAUCACGGGGAGGAAGAGCUGGGAUACGGAUUGA